AUGGUCCAUGUUAUAAUCGAUAGCAAUGAUCGACCACAUCUCUUCAAAACUCGGGUUCAGUUCCCCAAGACUAUGGCUUAUAGCCAUCUUGGUCGAUAUUACAUUACUGGAGUUCCAUUGUAUAUCAUCCUUACGAGUUUCAUUCAUAUUAUUAUUGAUUUCGCUUGCCAAAAACGAUUGCUUUUCUUUCGAGUUGCUGUGAUCUUUCUCGUCCUUGAAAUCAUCAUCGAAAUAGUGACAGUUGCUCUACUAUUUUUAAUGCGAACAGGUAUUCCAGCAGCUCUACAAAAGACCACAUUGCUUGUCAUAAGUUCAUUAACUGGAUAUUCAUUUGUGUUAUAA